CAGUCCCAGGUGUGUCUAAACCUGUGUCAGUGGAGGCUGUCGCGGUUGUCACUAUUCUACAUAAAAUGCGUAGGGUUCGAACUACGAACUGGAACAAGGAUAAAUUACAACUGAGUGAAUGACGCGAUUGAGAACGACUCGUGUCUUCGACAGUCUGUCUUUCUGUUCGUCUAGUCACCGGUAUAAAGACGCUCGUUGACGCACGGUUGUAAAUCUCUGAGCAGAAUUAUCUCCCACGCAGUCUAUGGUGAGGUGAGUGGAUACCUUGUUUUGACAACUUUCAUCCAGAGGUGUAGGAAAUAAGAACUAACCUAUGGUUGAGUUAUGUAGAGGAUGAAAUGCAUGUAGCCUAUGCAUUAAUGUAUAUAUUGCUUCUCGGUGUUGGUGGUUAUCGUUUUACGCACGCAACAUUGGGAUUAUUGUAGUAAUAUUAAAUAUUACGGACGUACUUUCCAUUUUACAGCCCACUACUGUGGUGUUCGUGAAGAUUUCUACGGGCGGCAGUGCUACUCAAAGAUUACUGUGGUUUAUUUUUGGACUAUGAUAUUUAUUUACACUUCACCCGGAAUUGUCUACCAGUCAGGCUGUUUCUAAACAUGUAAGUUGUCAAUAAUAUCAGAGAAAUGAUGCAACAACUAGGUUUUGUGAAUAACUUACGACCAGUAAUCUUUGUUCGACCAUAUUUUCUCCUGCUUUAGUGCUUGAGAAAAAAAACGACCAGCGCAACAGAACAUUUAAGAUCAAACGACAUAUAAAGGUAUAAAGGACACAACACUAUGUCCAGAACCCUGAAAAAGAAGAAACAUUGGUCAAGCAAAGUGCAGGAGUGUGCCUUGUCAUGGGGAAGCCUCGGAGAAUUCGGCAACGUGGUAGAGGUGCUGGGGGGUGCGGAACAUGGAGAAUUCCCUUACCUGGGUCAAAUGAAGUUGGAUGUGAUGGUGUGCCACGUCGGGAGAAUGCCCUAUUUCGGGGACGUUUUGUUGGAGAUCAACGGAACCCCUGUCAGUGGACUUACAAACCGCGACACGCACGCAGUCAUUCGCCACUUUCGGGAGCCCAUUCGUUUGAAGACAGUCAAACCAGGGAAGGUACUGAACACGGAUCUGCGCCACUAUCUCAGCCUGCAGUUCCAGAAAGGUUCGUUGGACCACAAGCUUCAGCAGGUCAUCCGGGACAACCUGUACCUGCGCACCAUCCCUUGCACCACACGGCUUCCUAGAGAUGGGGAGGUGCCGGGUGUGGACUAUAAUUUCAUCAGUGUUGGGGACUUCCGUAUCCUGGAGGAGAGUGGCCUUCUGCUGGAGAGUGGAACCUAUGAUGGUAACUACUACGGGACGCCCAAGCCCCCGGCGGAGCCCGCGCUGGUGCAGCCUGACCUGGUGGACCAGGUGCUGUUUGACCAGGACUACGACACUGAGGUCCAGCGGAAACGCACCACCUCUGUCAGCAAGAUGGACAGGAAGGACAGCGUGGUCCCUGAAGAAGAAGAUGAUGACGAGAGGCCGCCCUUGGCCAACGGCCUCCCAGACCACAAAGAAGGGGCCUCGUGGAAGAAAGCAGUGCCCAGCUACACUCAGUCUAGUAGUACUAUGGACUUCCGUACAUGGAGCUCUCUGCCCCGUGACAACAGCCUGGAGCCCCUGCCUCUCAACUGGGAGAUGGCCUACACUGAGACAGGCAUGGUCUACUUCAUAGAUCACAACAGUAAGACCACCACCUGGUUGGACCCCCGUCUGGCCAAGAAGGCUAAGCCUCCUGAGAAUUGUGAGGAUGGAGAGCUUCCUUAUGGCUGGGAGGAGAUAGAGGACCCACAGUAUGGCACAUAUUAUGUAGAUCACAUCAACCAGAGAACCCAGUUUGAGAACCCAGUCCUGGAGGCAAAAAGGAAGCUCAGCCAGGAGACUUCUGCCCCGAACCAGCAGGGGGCGCCACAUGGUAAAGGGGGCGUGUCAGGUUUCACCCCAGACCCGUCCCAACUGCAGGGGGAGAUGUUCCACACCGCUCUGAGGAAGAGUUCCCAGGGUUUUGGCUUCACCAUCAUAGGUGGCGAUCGCCAUGAUGAGUUCCUUCAGGUGAAGAAUGUCCUCAGUGAUGGCCCUGCUGCCCACGACAACAAGAUUGCCUCUGGCGACGUGAUCGUUGAGAUCAAUGGGAAAUGCGUGCUGGGGAAGACCCACCCCGAGGUGGUGCAGAUGUUCCAGUCCAUCCCGGUGAGUCAGUAUGUUGACAUGGUGCUGUGCCGUGGCUACCCGCUGCCCCCCGACGUGGAGCCGGACAGCGAAGACCCCCCUCCACCUCCCACACAGGGGGGCGAGGUGGUGACGGCUGUGCCCCUUAUCAACGGCCAGCCCCUGCUGGUGAAGGGCGACGUGCUGCACGGUUCCUCCCAGGAGCUCCACUACGUCACCACAGAUGCCAGCGGACGGCCGGUGGUGGCUGCCCUGCCCAACGGAAGGCACCCUGAACCGGGGGCAGCCGGCAUGCUCCAACCCGAGCUGGUGAGCGUGCCCCUGGUGAAAGGCCCCGGAGGCUUCGGCUUUGCCAUCGCAGACUGCCCCCUGGGCCAGAAGGUGAAGAUGAUCUUAGAUGCACAGUGGUGCAGAGGCCUCCUAAAGGGAGAUGUGAUCAAGGAGAUCAACUGUCAGAAUGUCCAAGCGUUGAGCCACGCCCAGGUGGUGGACAUCCUCAAAGAGCUGCCGGUGGGGAGCGAGGUCAACGUGCUGGUCCUCAGAGGAGGCCAGACAUCUCCAGUGAAGAGCCUGAAGCCUAAGCAGGAGAUGACUGCUAGCACGGAGACUCUGGACUGUGUCUCCCAGGCCCUCCCCUACCACUCCAACACCUCCACCCUACACAAUGACUCCCCUAAACGGGAUGCCACAGAGAUGUACCUGAAGUCCAAGGCACUGCUGGAGAGCAAGCAGCCUCACACCAAAGACCUGGAUGUGUUCAUCAAAAGAGACCAGGAGACUGGCUUUGGCUUCCGUGUUCUCGGAGGAGAAGGUCCAGAGCAGCCAGUGAGUACUGAAGUGUAUAUAGGGGCCAUCGUGCCCUUGGGAGCAGCUGAGAAGGACGGGCGUCUGAGGGCCGGCGACGAGCUGAUAGGCAUAGAUGGAAUAAUGGUGAAGGGUCGCUCCCACAAGCAGGUUCUGGACCUGAUGACCAAUGCCGCCCGCAAUGGUCAGGUCAUGCUGACCGUGCGUAGAAAGGUCAUCUACAGAGACAUGACUGAGGAGGAGGCCGGCCUGCACAUGGCUCCAGUGGUGCUGAACGGGUCGCCCAGACUACCUCGGAUCCAGAUGCCGAGCCUGCUGGACCAUGAGUCCUUUGACAUCACGCUCCACCGCAAGGAAAACGAAGGCUUCGGCUUUGUCAUUCUCACUUCCAAGAGCAAGCCCCCACUAGGAGUGAUCCCUCAUAAGAUAGGACGCAUCAUCACAGGCAGCCCCACCGACCGCUGUGGUCUGCUGAACGUGGGCGACCGCAUCUCGGCGGUCAACGGACGGUCCAUCGUGGAGCUGUCUCACAAUGACAUUGUUCAGCUAAUCAAGGAGGCUGGCAAUGCGGUCACUCUCACCGUGGUCCCUGAGGAUGAAUACAAGGGCCCUCCUUCUGGCGCCAGCUCUGCCAAGCAGAGUCCUGCCCCUCAGCACAGAGCUAUGGGUCAGAGCUCAGCCCAGCAGGAUGAGCGUUAUAACCUAGAUCUGGAGGAGGAGAAAAGGGAGGGAGCCACCUGGGCUGACUACAAAACUGUGCCUUUGAGUGAACAGGGAACGUUGUGUGUUACAGGCCCCAAACAGGAUUGUAUCACGGUGGAGCUGGACCGGGGACCCCGGGGCUUUGGCUUCAGUCUGAGGGGAGGCACCGAGUACAACAUGGGCCUGUACAUCUUGAGACUGGCUGAGGAGGGACCUGCUCUGCUUGAUGGGAGGAUCCAUGUGGGAGAUCAAAUUGUGGAGAUCAAUGGAGAGCCGACCCAGGGCAUAACCCAUACCCGUGCCAUUGAGUUGAUCCAGGCUGGUGGCAGCAAAGUUCUCCUUCUUUUAAGGCCAGGGCAGGGCCUGGUACAAGACAAUAGUAAAUUGGAUCCAAACCUCACUUCACCCACACGUUUUUCUAGUGCAGCUCUCUCCGAGACAUCACCCCUCUCUUCUCCGUUCUCCACCUGCACCUCCAUCUCAGGUUCCCACACAUUGUCAAGUGAAUCCCCUGACUGGAACUCCCUGCCCCUCCAAACUAGCAGGGGUAUUGGCUCUCUGGAGUGGAAUGGAGAGCGGGCAGGCAGGCAGGAAGACAUGCAAGCUGACAGGCAGGCAGACAGGUCAGGUAAUGCAAGGUUUAACUGCUCAAAGGAGUCUGGCUACCCAGAGAAAAUAGGUGAAACAGUAGCUAAAGCCAAAGAACGCUCACACUAUCCCCAAAAACCUGAGAGAAUGGCCCAGGAAGAAAAAUCAAGCAAGGAUGACGCCCAGAAGUCCCCUCGAGAAAGACGAAAAGCCUUGUGCAAUCCAAACAUAAAGAAACAGUUGGGACAGAGGAGCAUACCAACAGAGCCUUGCAGGAAGGAGCACUUUUAUAAAAACCAGGACAAAAAGGUUGAUUCCAAGGGCCGGAAAAGCACACAGGAUAGAGAGUGGGGAGGGGGACAUUUCAAGGCCACCCAUGAGCAGGCCAGUAAUCAUAACAGAGCGGUGGCAGAGGCAGGAAAUCACUGGCAAAACACGCUGGAAGUGGGGCCAAGGACAGAUAUUCUAAAGGUUACUCAGGAGAAUAGCAAAGUAAAAAAUGGGGAAAAGAGAACGGAAAAACGCAGAGAGGAAAAAAGCAAAAAAGUGGCUUACUCAAAAUAUGGAAAGAGUGGAGAAGAUGUUACGCCCUCUCCGACGACAGAAAGGAUCAAAAAUGCCACGGGGGACUCUCUAACAGAGAGUAUCAGGCAAGACAGCGGGUCCAGUCCAAAUGGGAUUCAGGUGGAUCCUCAGAGCCAAACGGGUACCCUUAGCCCUGGUCCCUGGGUGGUGCCCAGUUCAGCCAGAAUCCUAUCCCAGGAUGAGGUGCUGCGUGACCCCCCUUACUGAUACAGUAUGGAGAAUCUUGUGUGAAAAUUCCGUCGACUAUUUGACAUGUCAUGUCCAGCUCAUUAAGAGGUAUUUUCUAACCUCUAAAUGGACUUUGACAUUGCCAAUGGCAUGAAUUGCCAAUGCUUCCUCUCCUUCUGCCUCAUGUGCUGCUUCAGAAAUCUCUGGUCUUGGUCGUGUGCAUGUAUGGCAUGUUGUGGGUGUUGCCAGUCAGCGACAGGUCAAAAAAAUUGCCAAAUCUGCGAUGCCUUGUGGAAUGAAUAAUAACCACGCCUCGCCCAUUACAACGCAAGGACUA